AUGCUCUGUAUUUCUUACUGUGUUUGUUUUUCUAGGGAGACAUUCAAAAUGGAUAACUGGAAACCUCUUCUGGUUCUUCUCUUUGUAUGCACCUUCUGCUCUAUGGAUGCACAGCAGACUGCAGCUUGCAGAAAAGCCACGUUGGCAGAUGUUGUCUUUUUAGUGGAUACUUCAACAAGUGUUGCCCAGGAAAACUUUCAGAAAGUGAUUAAAUUCCUCUCCUCAUUGGUCUCAAGUCUUGACAUCGGCCAUGAUGCAGUCCAAGUUGGGCUGGCACAAUACAGUGAUGAAACUUACCAAGUGUUCUUGCUGAAUCAGUAUUUAUCGAAAACUAAUGUUCUGGAGCAGAUUGGGAAUUUACCAUAUAAGGGUGGAGAAACUUACACAGGGAGAGCUCUGGAUUUUGUCAGCACAACGUAUUUCAAUGAAUCUGCUGGUAGCAGAGCUAAGGUUUAUGUCCCACAGUUAAUGAUUCUUAUCACAAGUGGAGAAUCCAGUGAUGAAGUAGAAUUGCCUGCCAAGAAACUGAGGCACAGAGGCAUUUCCAUUUAUGUUGUUGGAGUUGGUGUCCAGAAUACAUCCGAGCUUCAGCAAAUAGCCAGCAAACCUUUUGAUAAAUAUCUGUAUAGCAUCGAUAGUUUCGAUGACCUUCCAGAUCUCUCCACAAGGCUUUUGAAAAACUUCUGCUUUGCAAUUGAAAGCCAGAUUGAAGCAUUUGCAAAACAAUAUGCUGAUAUUAUUUUCCUUAUUGACUCCGCUGAGACCAUGAAGCAUUCAGCAUCUGAGGGAGUAAAACGUUUAAUCUCCCAAAUAGUCAGACAGCUAGAUGUUGGGAUUAACGAGUAUAGGAUUGGCCUAGCUCAGUUUAAUGGUGUAGGGCAGGUGGAGUUUUUGCUGAACACUCAUGAAAAGAAAGAAGAGGUCCUUGACCACAUUCAGCGCACCAUUGCAUUCACUGGAGACUCAUCGCAGGAUGGAAUUGCCGUGGAGUUUUUGCAGGAAACCUUUUUUACGGACAGUGCUGGAAGCCGGAUCAACGAAGGCACUCCACAGGUUGUAGUGGUCUUCACGUCCUCUGGAUCCAGAAAAAAUAUCAUGGAGGCAGCCUGGAUGUUAGAGGAGUUGGGGGUGAAAAUUGUCACAGUUGAUGUUGGAUACUUUGACAGGGUAGAAACAACGGUGAGCUACCCCUCUAAUGCGACUUACCAUGUUUAUGAAGCAAAGAGCUUUGAGUAUGUGCAACAGAGCAUUGUUACUGAUGUGGAAACCUCACUCCAGAAUCUUUAUGAACUCGAUCAAAUGGCGCCAGCAGUGUGUUCCAGUGCAACUGUUGCAGACAUUGUGUUUCUUGUAGAUGAAUCCAGCAAAGUUGGGUCAAAAAACUUCCAGCUGAUCAGGGCAUUUCUCUUAAAAGUUGUUGAUGCCCUGGAUAUUGGUCCAAGGAAUGUAAGAGUUGGGCUAGUGCUGUACAGUGAUGAACCAAGACUAGAGUUCACCCUGAACACAUUCAAGGAUAAACUGGAAAUCCUGAACUACCUAAAGAAUUUACCAUAUCGAGGUGGACAAACAUACACUGGAGCAGCCAUUGAAUUUCUAAGGAAUAAGGUUUUUACUCGAGAGGCAGGCAGCAGGAAGAAACAAGGAGUGCAACAAAUUGCUGUAGUUAUCACUGAUGGUCAGUCCUUGGAUGAUUAUGCUAAACCAGCAUCUAAACUAAGACGUAAAGGUGUUACUGUCUAUGCUGUGGGCAUCCAGAAUACCUCAGAGAGCAGAAAGCUUGAUAAAAUUGCAACGUAUCCCCCAGGGAAUCAUGUCACCACCCUGAAGUAUUUUCUACAGCUGUCAAAUAUCAAAUGGAAAAUAAAGAAACAGCUUUGUAAUGAGAUUGUGAAAAAGACGUUUGUAGUCUCGUUACGAUCGCAGAAUCUGAAAAAAGGUUGUGUGGACACAGAGGAAGCUGACAUUUAUUUCUUGAUUGAUGGCUCUGGCAGCAUACAUCCAAGUGAUUUUGACGACAUGAAAACAUUUGUGAAUGAGACUAUCAGAAUGUUCCAAGUUGGUGCCAACAAUGUUCGUAUUGGUGUGGUUCAGUAUGCGUCUGAGUCAAGGACAGAAUUUGUGAUUGGCCAGUACAACCAAGUGGUGAUGUUAGUAGAGGCAAUUAAGAAUAUUAAUCAAAUAGGUGGAGGUACCAGAACUGGAAAUGCAUUAAUAUAUAUGAAAAGUCUGUUCCAAAUGGCAUUUAGGGAAAAUGUUCCACAGAUCCUGGUAGUGAUUACAGAUGGUCAAUCUGAAGAUAAGGUGAAGCAAGCAGCAAGUGAGCUGAGGCAACAAGGGAUCACUAUCUAUGCCAUCGGCAUCAAGGAAGCUGAUCAACAACAGUUGGAGGAAAUAGCAGAAACAAAAGAUAGAGUGUAUUUUGUGAAUGACUUUGAUUCCCUGAAAAAUAUUAAAGAUGGAAUUGUGCAAAAUAUCUGUUCAACAAAUGUCUGUAAAAAUGUGACAGCUGAUGUUGUUUUCCUUGUGGAUGGCUCAGAAAGUGUUCGUCCAGAUGACUUUCAGAAGGUAAAGGAUUUCAUGCAGUCCUUUGUGAACAACAUAAAUGUUGGGCUUGAUAAUGUUCGAAUUGGCGUGCUUCAGUUCAGCUCUAAAAUGAGAGAAGAGUUCCAGCUUGACAGAUACAACACUACAGCUGAUAUGCAGAGAGCCAUUCAGAAAAUGAAGCAGAUUAAAUCAGGAACACUGACUGGGAAAGCACUGACCCUUGCUGCCCCUUACUUUGAUCGACCUAGAGGAGGACGUCCUGAAUUGAAACAAUACCUAAUAGUGGUCACCGAUGGGGAAGCCCAGGAUUCUGUAAAAAAACCAGCCAGGGCCAUACGGAAGAAAGGCGUAACUAUAUUUGCUGUCGACAUGCUCCGUGCGAACAAUUCCCAGCUUUUGGAGAUUACCGGCAGUCAAGACAGAGUGUUCUUUGAGAGUGACAUUAACUUCAUACAAAAGCAGAUUCUCUUUGAAAUUUGUAAUCUACAGAAUUUGUGCAAGAGAGCAGAAGUUGCUGAUAUCAUCUUUGUAGUGCAUGGAUCAUCUGGUGUUACAGACCUGCAGUUCAAAAAUGUGCAUCGGCUGAUAGAAGCAGUAGUUAAUACCUCAGUGGUUGGGGUGGACAAAGUUCAGUUUGGUGUUGUGGUCUAUAGCUCUACGCCGGAGGUGUAUUUCUUGUUGAAUUCAUAUACCUCCAAAUCUCAGAUUAGAAAAAAAAUAUUCAACUUGAAGCCUCUGCCAGGCAAGCCCUUUACUGCAAGAGCUUUGAACUUUGCCAGGCAGAGAUUUGGUGUGAACUAUGGUGGACGUCCAUCGUCUCUUGCUGUCACUAGGAUCCUUGUUCUUAUUACUGAUGAACCAACUGUACCAUCAGAUAAAGCCAACCUUCCCAUGGCCAUAAAAGCUUUGAAGGAAGAUGAAAUCAACUUAUUUGCUGUUGGAAUAAGCAAAGCAAGCAGAGCAGAACUUAAAGAAAUUACUGAAGAUCAAGAAAGAUUAUUCUUUGCACAGAACUAUGAUGCACUGGGAAGCAUACAUAAAAACCUUACUCAAAUCGUGUGUGAGAAAUCUAAGCCAGUUUGCAGUGAACAAGUAGCAGACCUGAUGUUCUUGAUGGAUGGAUCAGGAAGCAUAUCAAAAAGUGACUUUUCUGUCAUGAAGACCUUCAUGAAGGAAGUUUUGGACAAUUUUGUUAUUUCUAGGAACAAAGUACAUGUUGGGGUAGUCCAAUACAGUGAAGAACCCCAGAAAGAAUUUUCUCUUAAUGAGUUCUAUAAUGACAUCAUCAUAAAGGAACGCAUCGACAGAAUCGAACAACUGAAAUCCUCUACAUACACUGGGAAAGCGCUGAGGUUUGUUCGUAGUCUUUUUGAGCCUGCCCAUGGAGGCCGCAAGAAGAGAGGAGUUUCACAGAACCUCAUUGUGAUUACAGACGGGCACUCUCAUGACGAUGUGGAGGAUGCAGCAGUGGCUUUGAGAAGCGAUGGGGUACAUGUCUUUGCAGUUGGCAUAGGGAUUAUAAAUGCCUUUGAUCUGCUUCGAACAGCUGGUGAUGCAAAGAGAGUGUUCACAGUGGAGAACUUUGAUGCCCUGAAAACCAUCAAGAGGACUGUUGUCAAUGAGCUCUGUGAAUACAAAGACAUUCCUAGCCAGGAUUGCAAUAUGGACCUUUCUAUAGGAAUUGAUAUUUCAAGGCAUACACGGCCAGCAUCUUCACUGCUUCUGAAACAGAAAUUGCAAACAUUCCUCCCCAAACUUUUACACCAAAUGAAAUCGCAGCCAAGUGUUUGUUGUAAAGCUGGCUUUCCAGUCAACAUUAGGUUCAAAUUUCAAGUAUUGGCACAGGCCAAAAAAUUAAUCUUUGAGUCUGAUUUUGAGGACUAUAAUGAAGGGAUCAUCCAGAAGUUCUUAGAUGCACAGGCCACAGUGGACACUUACCUGAAUGUGGACUUCUUACAGGCAAUUCAGGAGAAGUUCUUUAGUGCAACCUCUGCUAAAGUGAAGGUUCUGUUAGUGUUUUCAGAUGGACUGGACGAUGCACUGGAAGAUCUCAGAAAAGCAGCCAAUUCCUUCCGCUUCAAAGGCCUUGAUGCACUUCUAUUAGUUGGUCUGGACAAUACACAGAAUUUGACUGAACUUCGAGAAAUAGAGUUUGGCAGAGGUUUUGAAAACAACGGACCUCUGAGUAUUGAAUUUGCGGAUAUUGCACACAUCUUGCAGAACAGCCUUAAUACUGUUGCAGAAAGAAAAUGCUGUGAUGUUUUCUGUAAAUGCCUUGGAGAAAUUGGUGAACGUGGUGCCCGGGGAAUUCCUGGAAGUAAGGGAAGUGCAGGUUACAGAGGAAUUCCUGGUCAUCCUGGCGAGGAAGGUGGGAUUGGAGGCAGAGGUCCAAUUGGUUUCAAUGGGACUCGAGGAGACAGGGGAUGUACAGGUGCCAGAGGCCUUAAGGGCUACAGAGGUUAUCAGGGAAGUCAGGGUGAACACGGCGACGGUGGACUUGAUGGCAUUGAUGGAGAGCAGGGAGACAAUGGACCUCCUGGGCUUUCCGGAGAGAAAGGCAGCCCUGGAAAACGGGGCAGAAAAGGCCCCAGAGGAGAACCAGGUGAACGAGGAGAACCUGGUCUAAGAGGGGAUCAUGGAGAUCCUGGGAUUAACAAUAAUGUUCCUGGUCCUAAGGGUGAAAAGGGAAACUCAGCAUGGCAGGGAGACCCAGGACCACAUGGACUCCAAGGAGAGCAGGGUCAUGAUGGCCCUAAUGGAGCAGAAGGUCGAAGAGGCCCUCCAGGUGUAAAGGGUGGACAAGGAGCUGGGGAAGCAGGUUACCCAGGAGAUCCUGGUUUUAAAGGCCCACAGGGCCCAAAAGGACUACAAGGGAUCAGAGGACCUCCGGGACUCCAGGGCAUGCCAGGCCCUCCGGCUAGUCCGGGUCCCCCAGGUCUACCUGGCUCUGUUGGAAAGCUAGGUGCAAGAGGAGCAAAGGGUGAACCUGGUGAUCCUGGAGAGAAAGGACAUCUGGGACCAGCUGGACAGAGAGGUGUACGAGGCAUGGAUGGCAGAGACAUGCAUGGUCCUGAAGGGAGCAAAGGAGCAAAGGGAGAACCUGGAUUCAUAGGGUAUCCUGGUCCAGAGGGAGAAGAUGGAGACCCAGGUAUUCCAGGAGUUAAAGGACCCAAAGGAGUUAGAGGUAGAAGGGGUAAUGCUGGCAUACCAGGUUCCCUGGGAGAUCCAGGGGACAAAGGGCCAUCAGGACCUAUGGGUGCCAAGGGACCAAGAGGCACCAUUUUAAUGGAACCUUGUGAACUUGUGAAUUUUACACGAAAAAACUGCCCUUGUUCAUCAGAUACAGGCACCUGUCCAGUUUAUCCGACUGAGGUGGUGUUUGCCUUUGAUAUGUCUGAAGAUGUUACUCCAGCUGCAUUUGAAAGGAUGAGAAACAUUGUUAUGUUAUUGCUGAAGACCAUUAAGAUCAGCGAAAGCAAUUGCCCAACAGGUGCUCGUGUCUCCAUUGUUUCUUUCAAUGUCAACACGCGUUAUCUCAUCCGUUUCUCAGAAUUCCAAAAAAGCAACUUGCUGCUCCAAGCAGUCCAGAGAAUACCACUGGAGAGAUCCACUGGCAAACGUAAUAUUGGGGCAGCCAUGAGAUUUGUUGCAAGAAAUGUCUUCAAACGGGUUCGUCAGGGCAUCCUCACGAGAAAAGUUGCCAUAUUUUUUGCCAACGGUCCGUCUCAGGAUGAUAUGGUUAUCAACACAGCUGUGCUGGAGUUGAGUGCCUUGGAUAUCACUCCAGUGGUUAUUGCCUUCAGUGAAGUGCCAAAUGUCAAACGUGCCUUUUCGAGUGAUAAUACUGGAAGAUUUCAAUUAUUUGUUUGGGAAAGACAACUGGAUGAGAGUUUGGACAGCAUCAUAUAUUGUACACUUUGCUUUGAUAAAUGCAAGCCCAGUAAGCACUGUGAAGUGCCCGUUUCUCUACCUCUUCAGAUGGAUAUGGAUAUCGCUUACAUUGUGGACAGCUCUCACAGCAUCACCAGUGAAGACUUUCAGAGAGCCAAAGACUUUGUGAGCGACAUGGUAGAUCAGUUUGAUAUUGCCUCACAGCCAAGUGAAUCACGUGGAGGCAUCAGAGUGGCAUUGGUACAACAGGCUCCCAGGGGCUUCCUGCCUGACAGAAGCAAAACUCCUGUGGCCUUGGAGUUUAAUCUAGGAACAUAUGUUAAUAAAGAUUUGAUGAAGAACCAUAUCCAGGAGUCUGUUCGCCAACUGGAAGGGCCAUCAGCCAUUGCUUCUGCACUACAGUGGACAGUUGAAAAUGUAUUUUUUAAAGAUCCCAGACAAAGAAAACACAGGGUCAUAUUUGUAAUAAUUGGAAGCAAAACAAGCACAUGGGACAGAGAGAGGCUGAAAGAUAUUUCACUCGGAGUCAAGUGCCAAGGAUUUACUGUAUUCACUCUUGCGCUUGGCAGUAAUGUAAAUGACAAUGAGCUGAUAGAACUGUCAAGCUCCCCGACAGAUCAGCACUUACUGACAUUGGGCAGGGUUUCAACAUCUGAGAUGGCAUAUGCACAGAGGUUUAGCCGGGCGUUUCUAAAUCUGCUACAACAAAAAAUUAACACUUAUCCUCCUCCUGAACUUCAAGAAGAGUGUGAAAACUUAGAUCGAGGUGACACACGAGAGCAAGUGUCUAUCACUGAAAGGACGCCUUUUUCCAGAACUGAUGAAACUGAUUACAGUGGCUAUUUAAAAGACAUUGAAACAACGGAAAGUAGAGUCCUGGAAAAAGUUAGAGAGAUUAGCACAGAACCUGUAUACACGGUUCCAGAAAUGGGAUAUGAUUCUGAGGAGAAUGAGUAUUUCACAGAGGAAGAUGCUGAAGGAGAAAAGCCACAAGAGUAUAGAGGAGCUCAGGAGAAAAAGGAAAACCUAGAGGCAACAUUGGAAACUGGAGCUGACUAUAGUGUUUAUGAUGCAUGCGACCUGCCUCAAGAUAGUGGAGAAUGUCAGAAUUUUGAUCUGAAGUGGUACUACAACAAAGAGCAGAAAAUAUGUAGUUGGUUCUGGUAUGGGGGCUGUGGAGGCAACAGAAACAGAUUUGAAACACAAGACGAAUGUGAAUUCUUGUGUGUAAAGUCUUUUUAG